AUGGGAAAAGCAUUCUCAAGACUAUUUAAAAAGAGUAAAGACAUAAGAGUUUUGAUGCUCGGUUUAGAUGCAGCCGGUAAAACAUCGUUACUCUAUAGAAUAAAACUAAAGGAGACUGUGCCGAGCAUUCCAACCGUUGGUUUCUCUGUAGAGACAAUCCAUUUUCAAAAUUUAACUUUUACAAUAUGGGAUGUUGGAGGACAAGAUAAGAUUCGUAAUCUAUGGAGACACUACUACGUAGGAACACAGGUUUUAGUUUAUGUAAUCGAUAGUAGCGAUAGAGAACGUCUAGAGGAAUCUAAACAACAAUUAUAUAGAGUUUUAAAUGAUCCUGAAAUGAGAGAACCAAUAUUAUUAGUAUACGCAAAUAAAUGUGAUCUACCUGGAGCGAUGUCAGUGGAAGAGAUUGCAAAUCAUCUAGGUCUACAACAACUUGUAAAUAGAAAAUGGAAUAUCAGUCAGUCGUGUGCAAUCACUGGACAGGGUGUCAAUGAAGGUUUGUCUUGGCUGGCGAAUCAACUGACCGCUGCAAAGAAAUCGAUGAAAAACACUUCCAACAACAACAAUACAAAGAAAUCAACAACUACAACAACAGCAACUCAACAACCAGUAGCAGAACCAGUUCGAACUUAA